UGGAUUCUGCACAGUUCUCAACUUUUCAGCCGUGCCAUCCCGCAGUAGAGUUCAAUCCUUCCCGUCGUGCGAAAAUAAAAACCCGUAAACCAAUCCGGGUUGGCCCGAGCAUUCGGUGUAGUGGACACUUCCGGUGGUUUCCCCCUCAUCCUGAUUUCCCCGUUUCCUUUCCGGUUGCUGGUCGUGUGCGUGUUUUCCGACGAGGGAAAUUUCCUUCAGAAGAAAGUGUUGCUUAAAAAGUUGCCGAGAAGAAGAAGAAAAGUGUGCACAGAUUUUUCACACGGUUCCGCGCGGACAUGGCCAUGACAAUUCGCCGAGGCCAUCAGGACUAGAGGGUUUGUGUGUGUUUCUCCCGUGCAAAGAAAAGCGAGUUUUCUUUUGGGUUUGUUCGGUUUGGUUGAGUUUGUUUACUCUUGAAAAUCGUGUCUGUGGCGAGAAGGAAGGUUCCGAUUGUUGGCAGGCAGAAGGAGGAAAACUGAGGAGUGGCAGGGCGGAAGGAGAGCGCAGAAAUUUGCACACCAUCAUCCCUGGGGACGGCGACAGAAGGCCACCAUGGACGAAUCUUUCCUGAAGGAUUUGGAGACUGCGGCCCAUUUUAUUAUGGCCCCUCCCACCGUGGUCACCAAGGAGCAGCGCCAGCAGUCCGAGGCGAUCUUCAUGAACUUCCGCAAAACCAAAUCCCCGUACGUCCUAUGUCAGACCAUCCUGGAAAAGUCCGUCGUCGACCUCGUGCUCUUUGAAGCCGCCGACGUGCUCAAAAAGGCCGUGGUCGCCGAAUGGAAGUACAUUCCGGACCAGGACAAAGCCUCGCUGCGCCAGUACCUGCUUAACUACAUCAUUCAGCGGGACAUUCCGGUGUUUAUACGGGACAAGUUGCUGCAGGUGGUGGCGAUCAUGAUCAAGCGGGCGAGCUUGGAGGAUGUGGGCGUGGAGCGCGGCCAGAUCAUCGACGAGACGAAGAAGAUGAUGACGUCGGGGGACGUGAAGCAGCAGAUCUUGAGCUGUAGCAUAAUAUUGGCGAUUUUGGAGGAGUACUGUAACAUUGUGCGGUCGGACGACACCGGGUUGACCACGUACGAGCACUUCCGGGCGAAGAAGCAGUUUGAGGAUUCGGACCUGCUGAAGGUGUUCAUCAUGACGCUGCAGUCGAUGGAGGAGCUGAUCAAGGUGUUUGACGCGGGCAACUCGAUGCACCUGUAUUUGUUCAAGCAGAUGCUGUCGGUGAUGGAGACGAUCCUGACGUGGGGCUUUCUGCUGCCCAAGUUGCAGAUCGUUCGGGUGUUGCAACCGUCGCUCUCGAAGAAGAUCAUCGACACGUCGGAAACGGUGACGAAGGCGUUGCACGCGCCUCCACUGCGACUGCACGCCCAGUGGAAGAACGUGAUAUUCGAGCCGAAACUGUUGGAGAUCUUUUUCUUCAUUUACUGGAAGACCCGGGACAACGAGGAUCUUCAGCCGAAGGCGUUGAUUUGCAUUCUGCAGCUGUCGACGUUGAAGGGGCCGAUCAUCACAGAUAACAAGGAGGAAAGCAUGACCUAUUUGGUGAACUACCUGACGCACUUUCUGUCGAUGUUGUCCACAAUUGAAAUCAAAGAAAAGGAAGCGUACAGCUUCUCGCUGAUCUUGCGCAAACUGCUGCAGCUGCAGCCACGGGCGGAAAUUAAGGGACUGCCGAACUCGCUGUUCAACGCGUACAUGCAGCGCACGCUCACGAUGACGCUCAAGUUUAUCGAGCUGUCCGCGAUGGAGGAAGCGCUCUCCCCGGACGAAACGGUGUACAUCGACGCGCUCGGCAACCUGCUCGAGAUUUGGCUGUACAUCGUAAACGACAAGGAAAACUACCCAGUCGAGGUGAUGGUCCCGUUUGUGACGCAAAUGUUCGAAAAGUACGUCCAGUACCACCUGGCGGCGCCGGAUGGAAUGCGGGGCGUCGGUCGGGACUCCGAGCUGAUUGACGAAAUCGCCGAGUUUGAAGAGUCCGAUCGGGAGCGGUUUAAGGAACAGCUGAUUAUAAUUGGGUACUUUGGACGGGAGAUUCUGGGACAUUCGUUGCCACUGCUGUCUAAGCUGUUGGAGGAUCGUACGAGGAAUUUGGGCACGCAGCUGCACCGAUUACACUCGACCAAGACGAUGGACGAGGCGGGGUCGAAGGCGUUGGUGAAUUUGUUCGAGGAUAUUCACUGGAUCUUGCUGGUUACGGGGCACGUGUUGGCACUGGAGGCGGACGGCGAGUCGGCGAUGAUUCCGGGGGAGAUUCUGCAAAUGUGCAGCCAGCAGAUUGCGUCGAACGUGACGGACGUGAACAAUAGCUUGAAGUUGUUGGCGUCGCCUAAUCAGGACAUUCAGGAGAUUCCAAACGCGGAGAUGAACGCGGAUCCGGUGAUUCGGCUGAUCGCUGCCGGGUUUCGGUUGUGCGAGCUGGAGAAGAGUGCGAUCGAGGUGAGGAUGUAUCAGUUUUUGAGUCCGGAGUUGAGCACCACGUUGGUUUGGUUCAUGCGAAGGUGGAGCGAUGCGUACCUGAUGCCGUUGAACGAGGAUUCCGUGAGUAGCAUUUUCAAGGAGGCGUUUGGGUCGCGAACGCCCGGUUCGGUGUGGGUCAUCAACUACCUGCUGAACAAGAUCUGCCUCAACGCACAGUUCCUGCGGGCGGAGCAGUCCGUCAUUGAAGAGACGUGUGAUCUGUUCCUGGUGUUGCUGCGACGGCGAGAUCGCUGCCAAGCGAUCUUCAACUCGGAGUACUUCCGAUCGAUCUGCGACCUGAAGAGCGUUGACCUACCGGUGGCGAUCAAACGAAAGCUGCUGAAAGGGUUCGUGAUGGUGGCUUCCAGCGUGGAGAGUGACGAGUUGAGGCACGAAUACCUCGGGAAGAUCCUGCAACCGAUUGAAGACAAGUACAAAAUGUUGAUCUCACAUCAGAAUUUCCAGUCCGUGUACCAGAACGAAGAGGUGCAGCUGAAGGUGAUUGAAAUUCUGGAGGAACUGAUCGGGUGUGUGCAGGGCGCGUACCAGAACUCGAUCACGAUCAUUUUCUCCAAGAUCCAGAACAUCUGCAAGGAGUUGCCCACGUUUUUGGACCUGUACCACAAUUAUACGACAAUCGUCGAGCUCAUCCUGGAGCUGGUGUGCGAGAUCGUGGCCAACAUCGGCAACGCGUCCUCGGAAAAGGUCAUCCGAACGGCCGUGCACGAGUGCUGCUUCUCGGUGAUCCGCGUCUACGUGAAAAACAACUCCAACCGCGUCUCGCUCGACACGGCCAAGAACGACUCCGACCCGCUCGAUCUGAUCCUGAUCCUGAAGCUGCUCAACUAUCUCACCUCCAAGUCGCUGUUUGCGGACGACUUUGCCGGCUCCGAGGACAGCAGCGCCCAGUCGGCGGAGAUUUGCAUCUUCGGGCUGACGCACAUCGUCCCGCUCAUCACGGUCGAUCUCAUCAAGUAUCCGGAUUUGUGUCUGCAGUACUACAGCACGAUCACCUCGUUCAUCGAGGAGAAGUCGCAUGUGAUUCCCAGCCUCCACCCGGACCUCCUCAAGCAACUGCUCGGCUCGAUCGAGCUCGGCCUCAGCUCGUUCACGGCGGACAUCGAGAGCAAGUGUCUCGAGUUUCUGGAGAUCUACGCCAACGGCGUCUACUUCCACCAGGAUCCGUCCGCCCCGAUGGCCCAGCUGUUGCGACCCUUCCUCAAGCUGAUGCUGGACAUGAUAUUCGGUCAGAAGAUCGACCUCAACAACACGAUGGACUGGUACCGGACGGUGUUUGUGGUGAUCUGCUGCUUCCCCGAGCACUUCAAGGAGCUGCUGCAGCACUUUUUGAGCGAGCAGUUUGCCGACGCGGAGCAGGGCGCCGGUAAGGAUGUGGCCGCGAGCAGCGUGUCGCUGGUGAACAACAUGGAGUUUGUGAACAAUCGGCUGGUCAAGUCCAAGUUUGUCGAUCGAUUUGAUAAGUUUGUUACGUUGGUGAGCACGAUGUACAAAAAGUAAAGGGCGGUGGAGCAUGAAUGGGGAAAUUUGAGGUUCCAUUUAAAUCAUUGAAGAUGAUCUUAUCACAAAAAUUGGCUUCAGGAUGAACACAUUUGACAGUUUGAGAACUCAACGUAACCAGAAGCCUAACAAGCAUAAAAAACGGUAAAAUCUCAUCACGAGAAAAGACAUGCAGCAUGGAAAACACCAAGUGAAAAAAAAUGACCUAAACUGAUUCUAGAAGGAGCAAAGCUAACUGUGCAUAACAAUCGGUCGGAAUGUGUGUGUAACGAAAGAGAACGAAAUGUAAAGUUAUUUCUUUCUUUGUAAGAAAACAAGUUUGUUGAACGACAAAAAAAAAUGAGCUGUUACUUA